CCUCGUCCCCGCCCUUUCUUGCCUCUUCCUCUCUCCACAGUCCUCCUCCACCCCCACUUUAGUUCGACCGAGCUUGACGGUGCGGAAAGUCCCUUAGUCCUGAGCUGGAUCAGCAGCCAUUGGCGGAAACGCUGUCACGAGAAGGACCAAUCGUGGCGCGCGCUGGAACGUCGUUCAGGUCACGAUUGGCCUUCAUGUCAGUUCCCCCUACCCACUACCACUCCCUCCCUUCCUUCUCUCCAGCUUGGAGGCGGGGCAGGCGGGGGCGGGUCCAGGUAGCAGGUUCGGUAGCUCGGCGCCGCGCGUCUCUUAGAGGUAAAUAGUUGGCUGUGGCAGCGAAGAUUUUGGCCUGAAGAGCCGGGGGCCUCAGCGUUGGGAACCCGGGUUCAACUUGGUCGGACCUGUCGCCUUCAGUUUUCUAUCCUCAGUGUGAGGAUGCUGUUACACAAUCAAUUGGAGUUCUUUAGUUGAAAGAUUCUCUGUGGACAGAAGGCUUUUUGAUUUGAGAUAUUUUUAGAACAUGGACAUCAAUUUGCUAAAACCAAAGCUUGAGACUGCCAAUGAAGGUGUUUUUUUUUGUUUUUUGGGGGGCCAUUUUACUGCAAAUAUGCUAGUGAUUCCUUUUUCUUGAAUUAAUCUUUCAAACUUAGAAUCACAAUGAAUUCAGGCUUAUGGAGCCAAGAAAAAGUUACUUCACCUUACUUGGAAGAACGAAUUUUUUACUUGCUUCUGCAAGAAUGCAGUGUUUCAGACAAACAAACACAAAAGAUUAUUAAAGUACCUAAAGGAAGCAUAGGACAAUAUGUUCAAGAUCGUUCUUUGAGCCAUGCAAGAAUUCCUCUUUCUAAAGGCAAGAAAAAUCAUAUUGGAUUAAAAAUUUUGGAACAGCCACAUGCAGUCUUAUUUGUGGAUGAGAAGGAUGUUGUAGAAAUAAGUGAAAAAUUCACAGAAUUGCUUUUGGCCAUUACCAAUUGUGAGGAAAGAUUCAGUCUGUUUAAAAACAGAAGCAGACUAAGUAAAGGCCUCCAAAUAGAUGUGGGAUGCCCUGUGAAAGUACAGCUGAGAUCUGGGGAAGAAAAAUUUCCUGGAGUUGUACGCUUCAGAGGACCUUUGUUAACGGAGAGGACAGUGUCGGGAAUAUUCUUUGGCGUAGAAUUGCUGGAAGAAGGUCGGGGUCAAGGUUUCACUGAUGGAAUUUACCAAGGGAAACAACUUUUCCGGUGUGAUGAAGAUUGUGGUGUCUUUGUGGCUUUGGACAAAUUAGAGCUUAUAGAAGAUGAUGACAGUACAUUGGAAAGUGAUUAUGCAGGCCCGAUUGACAUGAUGCAGGUUGAACUUCCUCCUUUGGAAAUAAAUUCCAGAGUUUCUUUGAAGGUUGGCGAAGGUAUAGAAUCUGGAACAGUUAUAUUCUGUGAUGUCUUGCCAGGAAAAGAGAAUUUAGGAUACUUUGUUGGAGUUGAUAUGGAUAAUCCUAUUGGAAAUUGGGAUGGAAGAUUCAAUGGAAUACAACUUUGUAGUUUUGCAAGUGUGGAAAGUACACUUUUGUUGCAUAUCAAUGAUAUUAUACCAGAUAGUGUGACACAAGAAAGAAGGCCUCCCAAACUUGCAUUUAUGCCAAGAGGUGGUGGGGAUAAAGCUUUAUCCAGUCAUAGUAAACCAAAGGCUACAGGAUCUACCUCAGACCCUGGAAAUAGAAGCAGAUCUGAAUUAUUUUACACGUUAAAUGGUGGUUCUGUUGAUUCUCAACCACAAAUCAAAUCAAAAAACACUUGGUACAGUGAUGAAGUUGCUGAAGAUCCUGCAAAAUCCCUAACAGAUAUAUCAUCAGAUUUUGGACAUUCUUCACCACCUCUGCAGCCUCCUUCUAUAAACUCUUCCGCCAAUGAGAACAGAUUUCACUCUUUACCAUUUAGCUUGACAAAGAUGCCAAAUACCAAUGGAGGUAUUGGGCAUAGUCCUCUAUCUCUCUCUGUUCAGUCGGUGAUAGGAGAGCUAAACAACUCUCCGGUCCAGGAGAGUCCACCUUUGACUGUACCUUCAAGUAAUUCACAUGGUCUUGAAGUAGGCUCAUUGGCUGAAGUUAAAGAUAAUCCUCCUUUCUUUGGUGUAAUACGUUGGAUUGGUCAGCCACCAGGACUAAAUGAAGUAUUAGCAGGACUGGAACUGGAAGACGAAUGUGCAGGCUGUACAGAUGGAACUUUCAGAGGUACGCGUUAUUUCACCUGUGCCCUAAAGAAGGCGCUGUUCGUUAAACUCAAGUGCUGCAGGCCUGAUUCUAGGUUCGCCUCACUUCAGCCAGUUUCCAACCAGAUUGAACGGUGCAACUCUUUAGCAUUUGGAGGUUACUUAAGUGAAGUGGUAGAAGAGAAUACUCCACCAAAAAUGGAAAAAGAAGGUUUAGAGGUAAUGAUUGGAAAGAAGAAAGGUAUCCAGGGCCAUUACAAUUCUUGUUACUUAGACUCUACCUUAUUCUGCUUAUUUUCUUUUAGUUCUGUUCUGGACACUGUCUUACUUAGACCUAAAGAAAAGAAUGAUGUAGAAUAUUAUAGUGAAACUCAAGAACUACUGAGGACAGAAAUUGUAAAUCCUCUUAGAAUAUAUGGAUAUGUUUGUGCCACAAAAAUUAUGAAACUGAGAAAAAUACUUGAGAAAGUUGAGGCUGCAUCAGGUUUUACCUCUGAAGAAAAAGAUCCUGAAGAGUUCUUGAACAUCCUGUUUCAUCAUAUCUUGAGGGUAGAACCAUUAUUAAAGAUAAGAUCUGCAGGACAAAAGGUACAAGAUUGUUAUUUCUAUCAAAUUUUUAUGGAAAAAAAUGAAAAAGUUGGUGUUCCUACAAUUCAACAGCUGCUAGAAUGGUCUUUCAUCAAUAGUAACCUAAAAUUCGCAGAGGCACCAUCAUGUCUGAUUAUUCAGAUGCCUCGAUUUGGAAAAGACUUCAAACUCUUCAAAAAAAUUUUUCCUUCACUGGAAUUAAAUAUAACAGAUUUACUUGAAGAUACUCCCAGACAGUGCCGGAUAUGUGGAGGACUUGCUAUGUAUGAAUGCAGAGAAUGCUAUGAUGAUUCUGACAUUUCUGCUGGGAAAAUCAAGCAGUUUUGUAAAACCUGCAACACACAAGUCCACCUUCAUCCCAAGAGGUUAAGUCAUAAAUACAAUCCAGUGUCACUUCCCAAAGACUUGCCUGACUGGGACUGGAGACAUGGCUGUAUACCUUGUCAGAAGAUGGAGUUGUUUGCUGUUCUCUGCAUUGAAACAAGCCAUUAUGUUGCUUUUGUAAAGUAUGGGCGAGAUGACUCAGCCUGGCUCUUCUUUGACAGCAUGGCUGACCGUGAUGGUGGUCAGAAUGGCUUUAACAUUCCUCAAGUUACCCCAUGCCCAGAAGUCGGGGAGUACUUGAAAAUGUCAGUAGAAGAACUGCAUUCCCUGGACUCCAGGAGAAUCCAAGGCUGUGCUAGAAGACUUCUUUGUGAUGCAUAUAUGUGCAUGUAUCAAAGUCCAACAAUGAGUUUGUACAAGUAAAUCAUUAUGGUCAACUGGAAAAGAGAAGAAACUGCAAAUUUUUACUGUUGCAUUUUCCUUGAGUUGGCUGUCAUUAGCAUCCAUUGCCGGCAUUGGAUGCCUCUGUGGUGAUAAUCCUUAAAAAAAAAAGGAGUAAUGCAUUAAAAAACAAAUUGCAUUUAUGUUACUGAAUAUUUAAAUAAGAAGUAUUUUGCACUCUAGAAAGUAUGUUUGUGUUGGUUUUUUAAAAAGUCUAAUGAAGUUAUUAAAACCUGAAGCUUUAAGUUAAGUGCAUUGAUCAUAUAAUAUUUUUGGAAGCUUAGAGAUUGAAUUAUAACAGUUUUAUAAACCUCCUUAGUUCACUGGGAAUGUCAACAGACACUCAUGACCCUGUGCUUGGUGUAUUUCAGUGGACCAAGGAUACCAAAUCAUUUUUCCUUUGUAGCUGAUGGUUGCCUUGAGGAAGAAAUAAUUUGGUUUUAUUAAGAGGCUUGAUUUUAACCCAGUUAUUACAAUUGUUUUGCGGGAUUGGUUUUGUUAACUCAUUCCUACCUAGUUCAAGAUUUUUGCAUGUCAAGAAUCCUCUGAAUUUGUGUUUCUGCAGUUGUCAGAAAAUACCUACUCUUACCCCUAAUAUUUGUUGAUUUCUAUUUUGCUUUUUUUUUCCUGAUAAGUAUGUGAAACUUUUCUUAAAAAAAAAAAAGCCUUUUGUGUAAUAGUCUUCGGGGAUUGGGGCAGUAAUAUUUGACAAAUGAAACUUCAUAUAUAGUAGUGGAUUAUCAGUUGAAUGAUCUAUUUUUUCAGACUUUAUAAACUUUUUUUGUGGAAUGGGGAACAGUAAAUUUAUAAAAGUGUUCAGGUGUUAAAUUGAACCAAAUGCUAGCUUUUAGUAGCCAGUUCAACAUAAAUGUAGUCCAAAAAAUGAAAUUUGGUGUAUGAAGUUAUGUGGUAAAUUUUUACUAAAAAGAUAUUAGGUCCCAUAGUCUUUUAGUAUAUUUACAUCUAAAUGCCCAGGACUAAAAUGUUUUACUAGCCAGGACCAUAGCUAAGAAACUAAAUCAGAUAGUUUCUUCUGAGAUAAUGCUUCUUUUAUGAAUCUUUUUUGUAUCCAUUGAAACCAUUCUGUCAACUGGCUGCAUCCUGACUUCUGACUAAACUAGGAAAAAAAGCCUGAUGUUUUCCUAGUUAAUAUCCAUUGUGUGUAUAUACCGCAAUUGGAUGUUGUAGAUUCCUAUCUAUAGAUAUGAAUUUCAUUGUUGUGGAAUGUGUAGUCACAAAUUAUUUUAUACUAUUGAUGCCUCUCUGGGCUUUCUAACCAUGCAGAAAGACAAGAGAGGUCAUGUGCUUAUAGCAUAUGACUGUAUAAAAGUGUUUAAUAUCAUAAAAUGCCUGAAUGACUAAAAUCUUUACAAAUAAUGAAAUUUUUAGAAAGUUGAACACUUUCCUUUCUUUAAUUGCAUCAUUCCUUUAAAAAUAUUUGUCAGCUUUGAAAACUUCACCUGUACAAAAAUUUACUAUCUUAAAUUGUUGGAAAGUAGGGUAGAUCUGUUCUCACAGGCUAAGAAUUUGUUCUAUAAUAUUUUGAGGAAGUGCCAUAUAUUUUAAAGAUCAUUGUACUGGAAGUCAAGAGAUCUGUGUGCUAGUCCUGAAUCUCUUAAUAUUUAUUUGACCCUAGGCAGGUUUCUUUUUUGACCCUAUGGCCUCAGUUUCUUAAUCUGCAAAAUUAAGGAGUGGAAUAAGGUAACCUAUAAGGUCCCAUCCAGAUUUCAAAUUCUUUGAUUUAUAUAUUACUUUUUGAACUAAGGUCAUUAACAUAAUUAUAAGACAUACUACUUAUUAUGAGGGACAAGUCAAGAUUCAAACUAUAAAAUAUUUUUAUCUUCAUUUUCUUUAUUUAGUAUCUAUCUUUUGAUACAACUAUUGCUUUUUAACACCAGUUGGGCAUUUGAUGACAGAAGACUAAAAGUUAAUUCUUUCCUUAUAAAAGUUUAUUUUUUUUUUAAAGUAUAACCUGAAGAAAUCCUAUGAGGAGAGAUCUUUAGUUUUUAGUUUUGUUUUUUUUAAGUCAUGAUUUAAUGCUUGCAUUGUCUCUCAUUGAAGUUUGUGGUGUAUAUUUUUCUGUACAAGGUUCCUUAACCAUAAUUUACUUAUUUUUGUUAUUCUGGGAUUUUAAUUUACUGUUUUCCCUUGUCAAUAGCACUUAAAAUAAAAGUAGUAGUGGAAGGAAUGAGAGAGAACAACACCUUUGAUGGUGUGAAUCUUUUUUUUAAGUAGUCCCCAUCUUAUUCUCCCUCUUUCUCUUUUGCUUUGAUUUUCCUCCUUCCCUUUGCCUUGUUUUUUUUACUCAGUGUAUCUGAAUUGUCAAGUGGGCACGUUAGGGGGAAAUGUAGUCUUAGUUGGUGUGGCAGCUUUCCCCUUUCCUUGCCCUAGUCCCUCUUUGUCUUAACAUCAGAUUUAGUUCUUUAACACCUUCAUCCUUUAAAAAAUAAGUUUUUCAAAUGCUUGGAAAUGCUUUCCUCUCUUACUGCCUUUUAUAUAAUCAAAACAAAAGGCAAUACAGGAUUGUUUUUGUCUAUUGUCAUAACACCAUUAGUAUACACAGAUAUGGAUAAAAAAUGUUUUAUGUCCAUCAAAAGAUAGCUAUUAAAUGGUUAAUACAGUGGGCCUUUAAGAUCUUUUUUUCUCAAUAGCAGCAGAAUAAAGAGUUUCCACCAUAUUAAAAAAAACAAAACAACAUUUUAUACUGUGAUAGGUGAAAGGGAAAUUAUAUUCAAUUCAAAAGAAAGAAAAUAUUAAACAGCAAUUUAUAAUAUUUAUUAAGUUAUUUUUUCAGAAUAACUUAACAAAUAUUUGUAUUAACCAAAGUUCCUUUCUAUUCCAAAUUUAUUUGGCCUUUUUUUCUGCUCAAGUAGUGUUUAUUACAUAGUAGUUGUUUGGAAAUAAAAUAUUUUAUGUAUUAAGUCAGAUUAUCUUAUUAUCUGAUUAAGUAAAUAUAGUUUAUAACCAGGCAUUAGUCUCUCCCUGCUCACCUUUAUCUUGACACUCACUUUUGAUUUGAGCUUUUGGAUAAUGGUGAGUAAAGCUGUUGUUGGUAUUCAACAAUAUGGAAUAGCAGAGUCCAGGUUACUGUCAGAUAAAUUUUAAGUACCCAUUAUUUGCUUAAAUCUGUGCUAAGCUCUAUGGAGACUUCAGAAGUAUAAAAUAUGGUCCCUAUCCUUAGGAGAUUUACACUAUAAUUGUGACAUUGGAUUAUAUUACUUUGUUUAUGGUCUCUGGUAUUAAUGUGAAUAAUUAAGACUUAAAAAAUAGUACCAGAUAUGUCAUUUGAGUGCAAGGGCUACAUAAAGUAUAAAUUUCACCUAUUUUAACUGUCUGUCUUUCAGGUAUUUAUAGUCAUUGGGAAAUGACUAUGUCUUCCUAAGUGCAAACAAUUCUUCCCAUAUUUUAAGAUGAAUUUUUCUUGUGUUAUCUGGACUUCUUCCUCACUAUUUGAACUCUUUGGGAAAAUAUAGCUUCUGAAAACCAAAGAAAUAAUGAGAAAUGUUACCAUUUAGAGUCAGAGACGACACAGUUAGCUACUUGCUAGGUAAAAAUGUACAAAUCAUGCAUGGAAACUAUGAGUUAAUAGUUUGCUAUUUCGUGUGGAAUGGAAUAGGAUAUGGUUUUCUAGGGAAUGGUGACAUUUGGCAAAACAUCUACACCUUUCUUUUGAUGGAAAAAAGUUGCUGAAAUUCCCAAAGCUGAGGCAAAACAUACAAAAGAAAAAGCAACGUUUGCUAAUGAAACAGCAGACUCCUGAAAGCGUAUGUGAUGAGUUGUACUAAAUGCAAACAAGGGCUUAUAUUGGUCAUAGAUGUUACUCUUAUCUAUUUAGAGCAAAGGAUUUCAGAAAGCAAAUCAUGCUACUGAGAACAAUAUUUUCUUUGAUAUUUGAAAAAAUAGAAAUAUUAUUCUUAGGAAAAGAGAGAGAAAAGCCUUUUGUUUUAUAGAAACCAACCCAGACUUUCUAUAAUUAUCACCUCUCAGGUGAACAAAGGGAAGGAUUCAGUAGACUUGUGAAAGGCCUGUUUUUGUGGCUGUAAACAAGAUUUAAAAAAGUAGAAAAUAAACUUGAUCCAGAGUACAAAUAUUUUUAGACAAAAGUUGAGCAGAAUCUCUAUAUUAUAUUGGGAGAGGAGAAAGGAUUUUAUUUCUUGUUUUCCUAUCUCUUUAGCAGUGAGGCACCUUUUCCUUUGCAGUAUUGAGGGCAUCAGUUUUUUCUUUUUGCCUGGAUAAGGUAAGGAAAAGAAGCCCAGUGCUGAAGACCUAACUUUUAGCAACCAGAGCUUCAGAAAAGAACAUCCACUAAUCUAAAUUGUUAACUUGAAUUUUAUAUAUAUCUAUAUCUAUUUGUGUGCAUAUAUAUAUAAUGUGUGCAUGUGCAUACACACAUGUAUAUGUAUCUCCUCAUAGAUAUACAUGUAUAUACACACAUACAUGUAUACACAUAUAUUUAAAGCACUUAGUACUAUUUUUUUCCUAAAGGAGUAUCAUGGAGACAUAAGUGUCCCCGGUGACAGUUGGCUUUGUUAUACAAAAUGGCCGAAUACUGUAUAAUUCCAACUCCUGAAAAGCCUUUACAUUGUGUUGUUGGGGUUUGGGGUUCUAUUUGUAACUUUCAAAUUGUUUAGGGGUAUGUUCAUUAUUAGUUUGAUGUAAAGAAACAUGCUUUAUUGUGUGCUUUUUUGUUUUUGGUAUCUCAUUAAGCAUUUUUUUUGCUUGAAGAAUAUGCUUUAUUUAUGAAAACAUUCUUUUAAAAAACAUCAUUGGAUAUCCCAUUAUUAUCAGGUUGCUCUGAUUUAGCCUUAAUUUUGUUAAAUUUUUUAGAGAUGAAUGAAGUGCUGCUGUGGAAAGGAAUGUACUAUAUACUAUUUCUGUAUCAUUAAAAUUAAAUUUUUAUGUUUC